GAGGAGAGUGAAAAAGCUGGCUUAAAACUCAGCAUACAGAAAACGAAGAUCAUGGCAUCCAGUCCCAUCACUUCAUGGGAAAUAGAUGGGGUUGCAGAGAGUCGGACACGACUGAGCCCCUGGGGGACACAGACCCAGAGAAGAGCCAGUCACAGCCUCUGGCAGAGCUUCCGAGCUGAAAGGGAACCAGCUCCCAGUGGAUGCAGAGGAAGCUCUAAGGAGAUGCCAGUUUCCCGAACACGGUGACACCGAGCCGACACCCCAGGGACCCCCGACACCCCGCCACCCCCGACCAGAAGAUGCAGGCAAGCCAAGUGGCCAUCUAGCUCCCUGCUGCUAAAAGAGGAACCUUGGGAGGUCGAUUAAACAAAAAAACUGAGGGUUCAGGCUUGAGAGGAAACAUGGACUGUGUUACGACAUUUCCUGUUCCCUGAGAUGAUGAUCACGGCAGGCCGGUCACUCGGUGAGGACGAAGGCUCCGCUGAUAAGAGAUUAUUUCUGCAGUCGCUGACCUGGGGGAGGCUCCAUUUAAAGAGAGAAGGAGAGAGAGAGCGUGUUCGUGGGGAGGACCAGACUCAGGCUCUUUGUCACACCUGCCCCCCCAUACAUCCGGAAGGGCAUUGCAGGCCUCCCCUCACCUAGGGAACCUGCUACCACGGCGUCCAGCACUGCCCACCUGCCGCGUACCCCGGGCAGGCAGGACAGCGGCUUCAAGGAGCCCCACAUUCACACAGUUGGGUGAGAAAGAUCCAGAAAGUUGACGGACCGGUUUAGGCCCAGCUUCAGACCUGCAGCAUGGUGGUCCUGUUGGAUUUCGUAAGCCUCCUGGUACUCCUGAACUCAGCAUGCUCCAUGGUCCUGGGAGAGAUGGAAUCUCCUAUUGUAAACCUGACUCUAGAUCCAAGGAAAAGAAUAUUAAGCUGGAAUUCCCGGAGAACCGUGACUCAGCAAACAUGUACGAUAGCCACACCUCUUGACCCGGACACCAGCCAAGAGCCGCAGGUCGGAAACAAUGACACCUACUUCUGCUCGUUUCCCAACGCCGUCCUGCACAGGGGCGCCACGCUGACCGUGAACGCCACCUCUGAGGGCCAGGAGUUCUCAGAAGAGCUGGCCUUUAACAACUCAGGCAAGGAGGGCUCCGGAGCCCAGAACCUCUCGUGCGUCAUCUACAACAUCCGACUCAUGAACUGCAGCUGGACGCGGGGCCCGGCCGCCCCUGCAGACGUGCGGUAUCAGCUGUACACGUGGACCUCUCUGCAUGGAAACGUGUCCGAGUGCAGCCACUACAUCCUCGACUCGGCCGGGACGCGUGUGGGCUGCCAUUUCGACGAGCUCGGCGAAGGCCACACCACGGACGAUUACUUCUUCCUGGUGAACGGGACCAGCAGCAACACGGACAUCCCGUUUUUGGAUUUUCCUAGCGUGAACGGCCCUAGGCUGGAAAAGUAUAACCCGCCGGCGAACCUCACCGUCAAGGACAACGUAUCGCAUUACGUGAUUCGCUGGGAUGCCCCCGCGAUGAGAUACAGCCUGUCCAACAGCGUCUUGUGUUACGCGCUGGACAUCCAGAAGAUGGGCAGCUUUUCCAAGAGAGAACCCGUUUUCCUAAGCAGACAAUAUAAAAAUGAGUACAGACUGCCCAGCUCUGACGUGAGGGGAGAGCACACCGUCCGCAUGAGGGUGCAACACGUGCGGUUUCAAAUCUGGAGUGAGUGGAGCUCCGCGCGCUGUUUCGGUGUCCCAGAGAAGAAUUUCUUGGUGGCCUCGAUCGGGCUGGCGGUGGGGGCCGCGGUUUUGUUUGGCAUGGCCCUGAUGUUCCUGUGUAAAAGGCUCUCGCUGAAGAAGAAGCUCUUUCCGCCCAUCCCGCGGGUGAAGCAGGAACUCGCCGGCUCAUUCCUGGCCAGCCUGGAGGAGUGGCAUCUGCAAAGACCGCAUUUCCGAUCCAAGCACCUGUGUGCGCUCCUGGGUGGAUGCUGAAUUUUGGCAGGAGGGCGCCCGUGUGACCCACAAGCUCCCGCCCAUCCCCGACCCCGUGGUGGCUGGAGGCAGGGACCCUCCCGGGAACAGCUCUGCGCCCCUGACUUCGUCUCCCCAUCCGCCACACGUGCCUCCAUCCCCGUGAGAAAGCAGAGAUGCCCCUAAACCACGACCUGUGUUCUGAGCCCAAAGCCACUUCCCCAGGAAGCCCCCUCCCCGGCUUCCAGCGCCCCUGGGUUUCUUCAGUGGAGCCCGUUGACUCCAGAACAGUUCUGCGUUUCUCCAUCUGUGCCUGAGGGUGGUUCACUGUGCUUAGCGCUGUUGAGAUAAAGAGAUAAAACCACAGACUGUCAACGAUCUGAACCUUCCAGAGGUCCCACACUGACCUCUCCCCUCUGCCCUGCACAUGCGUGCAUACGUACUAGGUCGCUUCAGUCAUGUCCAACUCUGUGCGACCCUGUGAAACACAGCCGGCCAGGC